UGGCCAGUUGACCGUGACGCUCCGCCCACGUCAUUUGACGUCGACGCUGCGGCGGUGUGUCAGCUUCAAACAUGGCUUCGAGAUUAGAAAUAAAUUUCAUCAGAUUAUUGUCCCGCUGUGAAUCUAUAGCGUCGGAGAAACGAGGAGAAGCAGAAUGGAGGUUAGAAAAGUACGUUGGUGCCCUGGAGGAGAUGCUGGUGGCUCUGAGGAAAAGCCUGAGCAAACCCACUGCAGAAAUGUUGACUGAAUACACAAGAAAAGUAGAUUUUCUGAAAGGACUUCUUGAGGCAGACAAACUGUCUUCAACAACAGAAAAAGCUUUAGCUAAUCAGUUCCUCGCCCCCGGACGAACACCCACAAUAGCCAAUGAGAGGAUGCCCGUCUCCAAAACUGUGCACAUGCAGACGAAGGCCCGGUGCACAGGAGAGAUGAGGGACGAGCUGCUCGGCACGGGGGUGUCGGGCAAAGGCAUGUCUGAAACAGAGCUGCGAAACAGAAGAGGUCUUCCUCUGGACGAGCGUCAGUCUGCUGCAGAGCUGGAGGCCGUCCUGCAGCACCACCACAACCUGCAGGAGAAACUGGCGGAUGAUAUGCUCAACCUGGCCCGGAACCUGAAGAACAACAGUCUGGCAGCACAGAACAUCAUCAAGCAGGACAACCAGACUCUGGGUCAGUCUAUGCGUCAGGCAGACAUGAACUUCGAGAAGCUGAAGACGGAGUCGGAGCGGCUGGAGCAGCACACCAAGAAGUCCGUCAACUGGCUGCUGUGGCUGAUGCUCAUCCUGGUCUCCUUCUCCUUCAUCAGCAUGAUCCUCUUCAUCAGAAUCUUCCCCAGACUCCGAUGAUGGCCGUCUACAACCCCGAACUCUUAGUGCUUCAUCCUCCUGCGUGAGCGGCAGCUACAUCCAGGCCAACUGAAACAUUUGCACUUUUGAAACAGAAGAUUCUUCCUCUGAACGGGCUGAUGGAAGUUGAAACAUGUGAAGCGUCGGUAGUGUUUGUUUAAAGCCCGACACGACGUGGUGGAGGUGAGGAGCAGCAGUCUUAAUGUCCAGCAGGGACUCAGCCUUAAUUAUUUAAAUCCCUCAUCAGGUCGGCGAGCAGCCGUUUAAUACUUGUGUGUUCUUCCUCACGUCGUGCGGCUGAAUCAUCUUCUGUAGAACGUAUUUCUCCCUCGCACAUCUGUAAGAGUUCACGAAGCGUCGACCGCAUGUCGCCCACACUUUCAACACUACAUAUAUAAAUAUCUUAGACUCAUAAAUACUGUGGCUGGUGGGGAACACUUUAACUGCCACUAAUAUAAAUGUUUUAAUAAAUAAUUUAUAACAAUAAUGUUAGAAUCUAUAAAGACAUAUUAUUAAUUAUUAUAUUAUAGAUUAUUGUUCAUACAGCAGCCUCCACUAAUAGUUAAACUAAAGAUAUAGAGUUAUGAAGCAUUUAUAUCCUACUUAUAAAAGUGUUUCACUAAAAUGAAAUAUUACAGAACUUAUUCAGAGCAUUGGUUUAUUUUCAUCUUCAUCGUGAAGAAGACGAGCAGAAGGGAACGAGACUGAAGGUUUCCUGCAUGCUGAGCAGAUGUUAGUGUCGUUUGAUUUGUUCUCAGAUUCAUGUUCAACGGAAACUCAAAGUUUGACUUCAUUUGCGAUUUUUGCAAUUCUGAACAUUUUGACUUUAUUCUUAAAAUGCAAAAUAAAUGUGUGUGUGUGUGUGUGUGUGUGUGUUUCAUAAAUGUGCAUCAGGUGAUGUGUUCUGUUGCUGAGGAUGAUGAUGGAGAAGUUGAUGAA